AUGGCGACUACUACGGAGAACAAAGGCAGCGACUAUUUUGGUGGUGUGAAUUUGUUGUUGGAACUAGACUCAGAAAAAAAGUCUUCUUCGCACGGCGCUUUUCCAGAGCACAGGAUAUCGGAACAUUCCGAGAGGCCAACAUCGACUCCGUACGGCAACGGAUAUCACGAUCGAAGGCAAAAUAAGGAAGGAGCCGACUACAGGUCUAAGCCGAGCGGCAUGCUAUCUGGUAGUGCUUAUUGUAGUCACCGCGCUACCCCGUCGAAGUAUAAUACCUCUGCUCGAUCAGCCUAUAGAGGCCAAGUUACUAAGAUCGUGAAAGCGGCUUCCGAGUUCCUUAGCAGUGAGGAAUCCCAAUUGAACGAUCCAGACAAGUAUGACGAAAUAGAAGAGGAACUUACUUCAUAUAUCCAAAGAUUGACCGCAGCACAUGAAAGCCUAAUGACCAUGAAUCAGGAGAUAUCGAGCAAAAAUCUAAUCAAAGCCGAUGCCGCUGAUCUUGAUAGAGAACUAGAGAAAAUUGCUGAAUAUCAAGAUUCAGCCAUAGGUAUGCUCGCAAAAUUAAGCUUUCGUGUGAACAAAAUUAAAAAAAAGCAGACACCAUCUACUGACAAGCUCCAAUUCAAUACGUCAUCAUCUUUUGUGGCAACCUGUUCUUUAAAACUUCCAAAAUUACAGUUGAGAAAAUUUGAUGGUAAUUUCCAAGACUGGCUGCCGUUUUGGGAACAGUUUCGUACUGCAGUGCAUGAAAAUAACAGUUUAUCAUCAUCUGAUAAAUUCAGCUAUCUUGAGUCCGUGCUAGUGGGUAGUGCAAAAAAGGUAAUUGCUGGUUUUACAGCUUCAGAGAUGUGCUACGAUGCAGCUGUCUCACUUCUGCAAGAGCAAUUUGGAGACACAGAACGGCUAGUAGACAAGCACAUGCAGCAGUUAAUUUCCUUGCGCCCUGUACUCAUGAAAACUGACGUCAUAGGUCUACGCAAUUUGUAUAACUGCAUUACAGCUUGUAGUCGCACUUUAACUGCAUUGCAGAUUCCCUCGCACCAGUACUACGUCAUGCUUAAAUCCAUUUUGCUACGGUGCUUGCCAGCAGAACUUCGUGUCGAUUAUCAUCGACUGGCGGAACGAGACAGUGAUGUUGGGGAUACGGAAAAAUCGGAAUCAGGAAGCACGUCAACUCUUUCACACAUUGGUGACAAGCAGGUACAAGGUCUAAUGCGUUUUUUAAAGCGAGAAGUAGAGUCAUUGGAAAAAAGUCGAGUUUUCUCUGUCGCUCCAGCUGUCAAACCAUCUACUUCACUUUCAACUACCAACACAGCAGCUAGCUUGGUCGCAUUGGGUGAUAAGGACAAGUGCUUGUUUUGUUCUUCUGAUAGACAUACUACAAAAGAAUGCGAUAGUGAGAUAUCCAUCGACAAAAAAAGGGACAUAUUGCGCAAAGGUAAUCGGUGCUUUCGUUGUGCAAAACCUGGCCACUCUUCUAAAAAGUGCCGUAGUGCAAAGUUUAUUUCGUGUAAAAAAUGCAAAGGCAAACACUUUACAUCCAUGUGUGAUCCAUCAAUGACAAAAUCCAAUGCCUUGGUUGUCCCAGCAGUUGCAACAACGGAAAGUAACGAAAUGCAGAAUGUUUUAAACUUGUGUGCAUGUAAUUCGGUCACUCAAAACUCGACGGUCUUUUUGAAGACAGCUCGGGGCAUAGCCGUAGCUCCGGACAAGGAAAAUAAACUAUUAAUUCGCUUUAUUAUCGACGGCGGCAGUCAACACUCUUUCGUUCGCGAGAGCUUGGCUCGAAAACUAAAUCUCGUUCCUAUCGGUAUAGUAAACAUUUCAGUUAUUCCUUUUGGAUCUAAAGGUAAAUCUCCGAGCCAAAAACUACAAAAGGUAAACCUCGUGAUAAAUAGCCAGUACAACAAGAAACACGUCCAAAUUGAAGCAGUUGUUGUACCAGAUAUUUGUGUUGACGUUUUGCAAGUGCCUGACAUUUCAUGCCCAUCAGUGAAAGGCCUACGUCUCGCAGAUUCUAAUCAUGUUGCCAUCGAUGUUGAGGAUGGACUUAGCGUUCUCGUUGGAUCCGACUAUUAUUGGGCAGUCGUUACCGGUAAACAACGCUGUAUUACACCUGCGUUGAGGGCUGUUGAAACCAUCUUUGGCUGGACACUGCAGGGGACGCAUACCUCUGUCAGUAAGAAUCUUACUUCGAAUGUUCACUUAUGCUCUUCGUCUAUUUCCAGCAUCAAUUUUCUUGUGCCAGUCCUGAGUGACUAUGAUCUUAAGUCAUUUUGGUCAUUGGAAGCUAUCGGUAUACAAAGUGAAGAUGCAGAAAACGAACAACUAGCUGACAAACUCAUCGCCAAAUGCAUCUGCAAAAAGGGUGCCCGCUAUGAAGCGGCACUGCCGUGGAAGAAUCCACACGUUUCAAUAAAAAGCAACAGGAACGAAGCCCUAAGGCGGCUUGACUCACUAACGAGGCGUUUAACAAGGAUUCCCGAAAAAUUAAAGGAGUACGAUGAUGCUGUUCGAAGAAUGAUCUCAGAUGGAAUCGCGGAAGUAGUCCCUUCAGACGAAAAAGAGACAUCCAAGCGGGUUUUUUACCUUCCACACCGCCCUGUAUAUAAAGAAGAAAGUAUUACUACAAAGAUGAGGAUUGUGUUUGAUGCCUCUGCGGGUAGUGAGCAUUCUCCACCGCUCUACGAUUUGCUACAAGUGGGUGCAAACUUGUUACCAGAUGUUCUUAAAGUGCUGCUAAAUUUUCGUCUAGGACGUUUUGGCAUAGUGGCUGACGUGGAAAAGGCAUUCUUACAAAUAAUGCUAAAUGUUAAUGACCGCGACAGUCACCGUUUUAUUUGGUACACUUCACCAACAUCACCACACCAGAGACCAGAAUACAAAGACUACAGAAUGACCAGAGUUACUUUUGGGGUUAAUUCCAGUCCAUUUCUCUUGACUGGAACUAUACGUAUGCAUUUAUCUAAAGAAGAAGAUUGUUUUCCCAAAACAUGCAAGGCGCUCAAGGAAUGCUUCUAUAUGGACGACCUAGUGAUGAGUGUUGAUACCGAAGAAGAAGGGAAACAGAUUUCCAAAGAAGCUGCCAUUAUUAUGAGCAACGCCAGCAUGAACCUGACAAAGUGGAAUUCUAAUGGAUCGCAGAUUCGAGAGUGCCUGCGUUCAACAGACGGUCCAGCUACGCAGAAUACGCAAAAAGUUUUGGGACUAUUGUGGUAUGUCAUUAGUGAUGAAAUUGGUGUCCCGCUACAAUCUGUGGAAAACUUGCUAGGUUCGAAUUUGAUAAGAGGAACUAAACGUAAUGUACUUCAAGCGAUCGCAAGAAUCUUUGAUCCAUUGGGAAUGCUUGGUCCAGUUGUAAUCAAAAUCAAGAUCCUUUUUCAAUCCAUAUGGAGGAAAAAUCUGGCUUGGGACGAAGUUUUGCCAUCAGAUCUAAUGACUGAAUGGGAAGCUUGUGCAAGAAGUCUGCUCCUUUUAAAAGAUGUUGCUAUUCCGCGUUCUGUAUUGGACUUUGGAUCUGCAAGUCUGGUGGAUAUUCACAUAUUCGCUGACGCCAGUCUGAAGGCGUACGGUACAGUGGCCUACAUCAAGAGCACCAAUGCUUUGGGUGACAGCAAUAUCUCAUUUCUGUGUGCAAAAAGCAGGGUGGCACCUCUGAAGAAUGAUGGGACAAAUGAAUUAACACUGCCAAAGUUAGAGUUAACUGCGGCAUUAAUAGCAGCACGAUUACGUUCUUACUUGAAUUUGUCCUCAAAAGUUUCUGUUCAGAAGUUCCAUAUGUGGACAGAUUCAAAAAUUGCUCUAAGCUGGAUACAAGGGGAAGCUGAUCGAUGGAAGCCAUAUGUGCAGAGUCGUGUCUCCGAAAUACGUCGCCACACAUCAGUCAUAGACUGGAAUCAUUGUUCCGGAAUAGAGAACCCUGCGGAUCUUCUCACAAGAGGUAUUAAAGCCGAGACUCUGCAGACGUCUUCGCUAUGGGCUAAAGGACCAGCUUGGCUCAAAUCUGGUGAAUAUUUAAGUUCUGGUGACUUCAUCACGACAUUGAACGACACGGCUCAAUCGGCAUUAUUAACACAGACCUCCGUUGAUAUAAGCAAACAACUCGAGCCUAUUAUUUGCUAUAAAAACUUCAGCACUUGGAAGCGAUUGUUACGAGUAACAGCCUACUUACUGCGCUUCUGUGGCUCAUGUCGUAAAACGAGGGAAAGAGCAACCUCAUUUGUUUUGAACGUUGAGGAGCUUGAACUCGCUGAAGCUUAUUGGCUAAGGUAUAUACAAUUUGAUUUUUAUUCUAACGAAAUUUAUUUCUUGCAGAAGAAAAAUUUAGUACCCAAGGACUCGAAGAUUGUUCAAUUGUGUCCCUUCCUAGACACCAAUGGCCUUAUGAGACUAGGUGGUCGCCUUCAGUGCUUAGAGGAAACUUUAGAUCUCAAGCACCCCAUUAUAUUGCCUAAAAAUUCAUAUGUCACUGAGCUCAUAGUAAAGGACUAUCACGAACGAGCUACACACGGUGGAGUCAACAUGGUCCUUUCGCUGAUGAGUUCUCGAUUUUGGGUUCCCAAAGGACGUCAGUUGAUAAAAAGAUUGCUGUCUAAGUGUACGGACUGCCGAAGGCUAUGGGGAAAGCCAGCUUGUCAGCCAUUCGGACCACUUCCCAUCGAGAGGUUAACACUUUCAAGGCCUUUCGACAAUGUUGGCGUUGACUUCGCUGGUCCCAUUUAUUGUUUCGAAAACUCAACAAGUGAGGUAAGCAAAACGUAUCUGAUGGUUUUUACGUGUGCUGCCAUACGUUCCGUGCACUUAGAGAUGGUAAGAAGUUUAGCAACAGAAAGCUACCUAAUGGGAUUAAGACGUUUCAUGGCUCGAAGAGGUACACCAUCGGUUAUAUAUUCCGAUAAUGCCCGAACCUUUCGCAGGGCUGCAUUGGAACUAGGUGCUAUCAAUAAUUUUUUUGAAAAUGAGCAAAUUCAAGGUUAUUUGGCAAAUAAGCGCAUCAAGUGGAAGUUCAUAGUUGAACGGGCCCCAUGGUGGGGCGGAUUCUGGGAGCGACUCAUACGCACGAUUAAAAACGUACUCAAAAUAGUAAUCGGCAAAGCAAAGCUGUCUUUCGAGCAACUAAGAACAAUAGUUGUCGAAGCAGAAGGUAUGGUUAAUGCUCGCCCACUAACAUACAUGAGUAGCAACCCGUUAGAUCUUACUCCGCUGACUCCAUCUCAUUUUUUGAUUGGUAAUUGUGGACCAUCUAUCCGUGAAGCGUCAUCUUCAUCACUUGAGAUACAACUGCUUUGGAAGCAACGUAUGAAGUAUUUGGGUAUGCUCGAGAAGCGGUGGCGGACUGAGUAUCUCCAGUUACUACGAUCGUUUCACCACAACAAGGGCAGUUCGUCGGUUCAACUUGAGAAAAAUGAUGUAGUCCUCGUUUUCGAUGCCGGUAAGCCUAGAAUUAACUGGAGAAUGGCUGUCAUAGAAAAGACUUUUCCUGGUCGUGAUGGUAAAAUAAGAGCGUGUGAGAUACGCUAUUCAGAUCGAACUCAAACCCGAAGACCUGUUCAGUUAUUGUACCCGUUGGAGCUUUCUUCUUCUUCGCCGGUCGGAGGAUGUUAA